CGACACUUCACUUCACACUUCACACACCCAAGACCUUGCCAACAAACGUGAACGCGCAACGCAACGCUUCUCUUCUCUCCACUCCAUUUCCCUCCCCCAAAUCGCGCAACCGUUUUCUCUCUCUCGUUCCUUCGUCGCUUCCUCCAUCUCCAUGGAUGAACCCUCGCUGCAACUCGUCUCCGAAAUCGGAACUCACAUCGCUCAACGAACUCGUCCUAACAAAGACUUCAUCGUCAAAUCUCUCCGAAAAGCUGUAAAUGCUUUGUCUCAGUUAGAGCAGUGUCCUCAGCCACGAUCCGCCGAAAAAGUAGCAGCUGCAUUGAAGCCCCUGGCAAAUGCAUUGGUUGGUGGUGGUCUGCUUCAACAUGCGGAUAAGGAUGUUAGGCUUCUCGUUGCUAUUUGUGUCGCUGAACUUUUUAGAGUCAAUGCACCUGAACCGCCGUUUAAAGCGGAGCAUUUAAAGGAUGUAUUUAAACUUAUCAUCAGUUUGUUUGCGGAUCUAGCUGACACUGCAAGUCCGUUCUUUUCGAAAAGGGUUAAAGUAUUGGACACUGUGGCUCAAUUAAGGUGUUGUGUAUUAAUGCUGGAGAUUAACUGCGUAGGCCUGGUUCUUGAGAUGUUCAAUGUUUUCUUCUCAGUUGUGAGAGACGACCACCAUGAUAGUUUGAUUAGUGCCAUGUCUUCUAUAAUGAUAAACAUAUUGAAUGAGAGUGAGGAGGCUUCUCAGCAACUAUUGGAAGUGAUUUUGCGAAAUCUUAUAAAGCGAAAAAAAGAUGCAACUUGUGCUGCUUAUCAACUUGCUGCAUCAGUCAUCAAAGCCUGCACACAAGAAGACGAGCUGAAUCUCCUAGUUUGUAGCUUUUUGACCUCUUGCAUACAUGACAGAGACACUGUGGGCUGUGAGCUUAAAGAAUUUUACCAUGAAAUUAUCUUUCAAGUUUUCCAAUGUGCGCCUCAGAUGCUUCUUCCUGUUAUCCCAAGCUUAAUUGAAGAAUUAUUGGCUGAUCAGGUUGAUAUUAGGAUUAAAGCUGUUAAUUUGGUGGGGAAGCUUUUCGCACUUCCAGAACACCAUGUUGCACACAAGUAUCAUGAUCUUUUUGUGGAGUUCUUAAAAAGAUUUUCUGAUAAAUCUGUGGAUGUGAGAAUUAGUGCUCUACAAUGUGCCAAAGCUUUCUACAUGGCGAAUCCCUUUGGGAGAGAAUCACAUGAAAUUAUCACUUCAGUUGAAGAUCGAUUAUUAGAUUUUGAUGACCGAGUGAGAAUGCAGGCAGUUCUUGUUGCCUGUGAUAUUUGCAGCUCAAACCUGAAACUUGUUCCAUCCAAACUACUGUCUCAAGCCACUGAAAGACUUCGGGAUAAAAAGAUAUCUGUUAGAAAGAGGGCCUUGCAGAAGUUAAUUGAAAUAUAUCGAGACUACUGCAAGAAAUGUAGUGAAGGAAGCAUGAAAAUAAGUGAUCACUUUGAAGAGAUUCCGUGUAAAAUUAUUAUGCUUUGCUAUGAUAACGAUAGUAAGGAGUUCAGGUUGCAGAAUGUGGAAUCUGUUCUUGCUGAUGAUCUAUUUCCUGAGCAUCUUUCUGUCGAAGAAAGGACAAAGCAUUGGAUACACAUGUUUUCUCUUUUCAGUCCUUUUCACGAAAGGGCACUGGAUAGUAUUUUGGCUCAAAAAAGAAGGUUGCAAAAUGAAAUGAAAAACUAUUUGGCCACACGGAAGAAAUUUAAGGAAACUUGUUCUGAAGAAAUACAGAAGAAGAUUGGAAGCAUGUUUACAAAAAUGGCUGCAUCGUUCUCAGAUUCUCACAAAGCUGAAGAGUUCCUUCAUAAGUUAAACCAAAUUAAAGAUAAUAAUGUGUUUAAAUCACUUGAAAGAUUGUUGGAUGAACAAGAUUUCACAAUUGGACAAGCCCUCAAAGAUGAUCUUCUGGUCAUGAUUGGAGACACCAAUCCAUAUUAUGAAUUUUUAAGUUUACUCUUCUCCAAAUGUUCAUCAAACAUUUUCAGCUCAGAACAUGUCCAGUGCAUCUUAAAUUAUCUUUCCAAUGAUGAUAGUGGAAAUAAGGACUUGGAGGAUUCUUCUGCAAAUCUUCUGCUGGCUGUUGUUAGAAUUUUCCCUUCAAUGCUGAAAGGCUCGGAAAAGCAGUUCCAAACAUUGUUGAAGAAGAUGAAUCCUAUUAAUGAUAAACUGGUUGAGGUUAUUGCAAAAGCAGGCUCUCACAGUGCUUUCAAUCUUAGUGAUAUUUACCCAUUUCUUGAGGGAAUGUGCUUGGAUGGAACUCGAAGACAGGCCAAAUUUGCUGUCUCUGCAAUUACUGCCUUGAGUUCUAAACACUCAGUUUUCUUAUACGAGAGACUAAUUGAUUCAUUAUAUAGCCAAGAGAAUGUCCCCACAAUUUUGCAAUCUUUGGGAUGCAUUGCACAAUACUCUGUAUCAACUUUUGAUACUAGAGAUGAAGAGAUCACAUCAUAUAUUUGCCAGAAGAUUAUUCAAAUGGAGCACAUGGAUGCUGGUCAUGAUGCAACAUCCGUUUGUGAUACCUCUCGGUGCAGUGAAUCUUGUCAAUUAAAGAUUUAUGGGCUGAAAACACUGGUAAAGAGUUUUUUACCCUAUCAGGGGAUCCAUGUAAAGAAGGAUAUUAGUGGACUGUUGGACAUUUUAACACGAAUGCUAAGGGAAAGUGAUAGUUUUGUUAAUGCAGAUGCAGUCUCAUGUGAAAAUGAUAAGGCUCAUAUAAGAUUAGCUUCUGCAAAGGCAAUUCUUCGUCUUGCUAGGAAGUGGGAUAUACAUAUCACUCCAGAGAUUUUUCGCUUCACUAUUUUGAUUGCGAAGGAUACUUCUUCAUUUGUAAGGAGCACAUUUCUUUGUAAAACACACAAAUUGUUGAGGGAGCACAAACUACCUAUCAGAUUUGCCUGUGCUUUUGCGUUGGCAGUGACAGAUUGCAUUGAGGAUCUGCAAUUUCAUAUCUACAAAUAUAUGGCAGAUUUUAUUAAGGAUUACACUACAAUAGCUCGUAAAAGACAAACUUCUGCUGUUCAAGGAGCAAUUAUUGAUUUCCCUGCAUACAUUUUGGUCUUCUUGGUUCAUGUGCUUGCUCAGAUUAACAACUUUCAAUUUGAAGUCUCUCAAGAUGAAAAGUUGUGUGCUGACCUUUGUAGUCCACUCUUCUUUGUUCUGCAAGCAUUAGUUGAUCUCAGUAUUGUUGAUGGUGACCUGGACCUUGUUAAUGAAGCUGUCUUAUAUCUAUCGAGUAUUUUUCGAGCAAUCAGAAAAGCUGAAGAUGCCGUUGAUGCACAAAUGACAACCAAGCUGCACAUGCUGGCUGAAAUUGGGCUAUUUACCUUAAAUUCAUUAAAUCAUGGUCGGAUUUCUCUAUCUCAAGCCCCACGACAAGUUUUGCUGCCUUCGUCGUUGUACAGAGUGGGAAUCACUAAGAAUGAUGCUAACUCAAAAUGUCAGAAGUCCUUUUUUGAAGAAAGUUAUCUAAGUAGAGUCUUUCACAUGCUUAAAAGUUCAUGUGCCUCACAGGCAUACGUUCAAAAGCCUGUGAAAGCAAUUCCUAAGCAUGCUCGCAAGGGUCAACAUGAUGUCCCAAAGUCCAAUAUUAGUAUUUACGGCGUACUGGACUUGGUAACUAGCAAACCAGAUGAUUUGUUAAGGAUGGAUACAACAAAUGAUAAAACUAUGAGGCCCGAUAUUCCUUCAGGAAAAAGGAGAAAACACGUGCCUCUUUCUGUUUCUGGAUCAAUCAGUUUGCAUGAAUGCUCUACAAUUGAGAAGCAACAAAAUAUAGCAUUCAAACAUGGUGAAAAGAUUUCAGAGAGAAACCUGCUUUCAUCUAGUGAUUCUGUGAGCUGUAAGGGUUCUCUGGCUGAAUCACAUGUGGUGACCCGUAAAUCGAAAAGAGCUGCAGCUUUGGAGAAUUCUGUGACAAGUAGCAAAGAUACUGUUCAACAUUCCAAAUACCCUAGAACCAACCUCAGAGAUACGUGUGGCUCAAAGAGACAAGAUAUACUGGCAGAUGUAUCAAAUAAAAACAACUUCAGCCACGGUGAUCCUACUGAACAUUCUUCUCUCAGUAGUAUAAAGAAAACUGCUGCUACAACAAGAGGCCUGGCAACCAAAGAUGGAACAUCACUGAAUCAGGAGAAUAGUGCAGCAAGUGUGCACGGAAGAGGAAAGGGCGCGGAGACAUCAGCAUCAGAAGUUGUCAACACGAAUGCAUACGCUGGUAGAACAAGACGUAAAGUGUAAAUAUCAUGCUGUUUUGACGCCUUCAGUUACAGACAGUGAACUCAAAAGACUGCAUAUUCCAAUCAACUGAAUUGUGCAGUCCCAUUUUUAGAAUACAUACUCUUUCCCUCGUCCAGUCACCUUCCUCAGACUCAGAGCCUGAUUGGAGAAAGUAUUUAGUUAAAAACCUGAUAAAAUCCUGUAAAUUAUAGCAGCAUGCUGAAUUAAGACUGCACUGAAAAUAGUUAUUCUUGCGGUCAUUAAACGCAUUUUAGGGCAACAUGUCUUUAUCUGAACAGCAAAAUUCUUCACAUUAUGCUCCACUGCACCCAAUCUUGAGAAAAUCACGAGCUUCUGUUAA